CGUUUGAGUUCCAACCAAUCAGAACACCUGCAGCUCCACGCGUCAUCAGCUCCGAUGACCUCAAUUUCUCAGCGUAUUUUUUUCCUGAGACAACAGCGGCUCGCGGCGCCAUUUUGAAAGAAGAAGAUUGUUCCAUAAAACGCCCAAAAAGUGUAAAAGCUGCAGCGAUGUUGUACCUGGAGGACUACCUGGAGAUGAUCGAGCAGCUGCCCAUGGACCUCCGGGAUCGGUUCACGGAGAUGCGGGAGAUGGACCUGCAGGUGCAGAACGCCACUGAUCAGCUGGAGCAGAAGGUCAUCGAGUUCUUCGUCAACGCCAAGAAGAACAAACCGGAGUGGAGAGAAGAACAGAUGGAGGUCAUCAAGAAGGACUAUUACAAAGCUCUGGAGGAUGCAGACGAGAAGGUCCAGCUGGCCAAUCAGAUUUAUGAUCUGGUGGACCGUCACCUGCGUAAACUGGACCAGGAACUGGCCAAGUUCAAGAUGGAGCUGGAGGCCGACAACGCCGGCAUCACCGAGAUCCUGGAGAGACGAUCUUUAGAGAUGGACAGUCCGUCUCAGCCGGUCAACAACCAUCACGUCCACUCCCACACGGCCACUGAGAAGAGGAAGUACAGCGCUCCCACUCAUCACACCACUGAACACGUUCCAGAGAAGAAGUUCAAGUCUGAAGCUUUGCUGUCCACCUUAACAUCAGACGCCUCCAAGGAGAACACACCAGGCUGCCGUACCAACAGCACCUCCUCCUCCUCCACCAACGUGUUCAGUGUGAACUCUUCUCAGCCGCUGGCCUCCUACAACCUGAGCUCUCUGCCCGCGGGGCCCGGAGCCGGAGCCGGAGCCGGAGCCGGAGCCAUCACCAUGGCUGCUGCUCAGGCCGUCCAGGCCACGGCUCAGAUGAAGGAGGGCAGGAGGACGUCCAGCCUGAAGGCGAGCUACGAAGCCAUCAAGAACAACGACUUCCAGCUGGGCCGAGAGUUCACGUUGUCCCGGGAAACCACCGGCUACGCCUCCUCUGCUCUGGCCUCCACCCUCACCCAGACCCUCACCCCCACCACGGCCUCCGACUCCAGGGGGCGCAAGUCCAAAAGCAGCAUCAAGUCUUCCAACCAUCAGUCCUCUUCAUCGUCCUCCUCUUCCUCUCUGUCGUCAUGCUCUUCAUCGUCGGCAUUGGCUCAGGAGCUUUCCCAGCAGGCCUCAGCGCUGCCCGAGGCCGAGGCCAACAGCCAGGUGGACUGGACCUAUGACCCCAACGAGCCCCGAUACUGCAUCUGUAACCAGGUGUCUUAUGGAGAAAUGGUGGGCUGUGAUAACACAGAUUGUCCCAUCGAGUGGUUCCACUACGGCUGCGUGGGUCUGACGGAGGCCCCCAAGGGGAAGUGGUUCUGUCCCCAGUGUACGGUGGCCAUGAAGAGACGAGGCAGCCGCCACAAAUAGACUGAACGCCUGGAAGCUGGCCCCGGGGUCAGAGGUCAACGGCAUCCGAGCUGAGAUUAGAAUCAGAAGUCUGACAUCUAAUGUUUCUAAAAUGUGAAUUCUUUAGGUUGGGUUGUGAUAUUGAUCCUUUAACAUGAAUAACGUGUUGAUGAUUAAAGGUGUUAAAGACUUCA